UAAAAGGAUAAUACGGCCUCCAUUCAACAAAUACACAUGAAGUUUCAGUCAGCUCCUCGAUCCAAAUAGACGGCCAAGGCGUACGUACUGGUCAAGAUUUGCAGGCUCGCUAGCCACUAGCUUCUUCCCAUCUCGAGAUGCAACCCUGCAAGUCACAGCUUGUUGAUCUCUUCUGGAGUCCGGAAACUCCGGCACACAGGGUGCUGCAUCCUAGCUAGCUAGCACAUGAGGCCGGCCGCCGGCGAUCGACGACGCUGAUCUCAUGAACGCCGCCGAGAUGGAUGGAUCGGAGACGAUCCAGGAAUUGCGCCGGAGAUGAGAAGUCCACGUUGUCCGGCGCCGAGGGAGAUCGCUAGCUAUAAAGUCCCCGAUCGAGCUAGCUAGCACCGUACCACCACCACUGCAGUCGAGCUCGAGCAGUACCAUCACUGACAUAUUGUUGUGAAGCUCUCCCAGGCCAGCAGCUAGCGAUGGCGGAGAUCGCCGGUGCGCGGGCGCUCGCGGUGGCCGCCCUCCUCUGCGCCGCGGCGGCGGCGGCCGCGGCGCAGCAGGCGUCCAACGUCCGCGCGACGUACCACCUGUACAACCCGGCGGAGAACGGGUGGGAUCUGAACCGCGUCGGCGCCUACUGCGCCACCUGGGACGCCGGCAGGCCGCCGGCGUGGCGGCAGCAGUACGGCUGGACCGCCUUCUGCGGGCCCGCAGGACCCAGGGGCCAGGCCGCCUGUGGCCAGUGCAUCCGGGUAACGAACCGCGGGACGGGGGCGUCGGUCACGGCGAGGAUCGUGGACCAAUGCAGCAACGGCGGGCUGGACCUGGACUUCGAGACGGUGUUCAAGAGGAUCGACACCGACGGCCGCGGCUUCCAGAUGGGGCACCUCGACGUCGACUACCAGUUCGUCGGAUGCUGAUCGAGAGAGCCAGCAGGCAGAGUAUCAGACGACGUUCGGUGCCGUGGAAUAAGAAGAUGGAUAACACAAUAAUAAGCUUGCAACUGUAUGUGCAGGCAUAUGCAUGCUAAAUAAAUGGAACCACAGCAGAAAUAACUCGCAUUAUCAAUGUU